AUGGACAGAAAGUCUUAAAAGCAACUAUCUUUGGAUACAUCUAACGAUGAUUACAAUCUAAGAGAAGAUGAUGAGUUUUCAGAAGAUGAUAAAGGAAGAUCAAAAAGGUUGGAUUUUAGAAGCAAGCAAACAAAAAAACUGGAGAAACAAUUAAUAAAAUUAGAUAAAGUUUAGAACUCUUAGUAGCCUGUGAGCAUGGAAAUAUAUUACUUACUCAAAUUCUAAUAGAACUUAAUUUAUUAAGUGACAAGUCUUCACACCAGAAUCAUGAGGAUUAUUGAGAACUAAUUUGAUUAUUCCACCUUAUUAUGAUGUAUAGAUAUUAUUAU